GAUACUAAAGACUCUGGAGUCUGGAGUCUGGAGUCUGUAGUCUGUAGUCUGGAGUCUGGUAUGUAUUGGACUUUGGAGUCUGGACUUGGUGAGUCUAGACUUAUCUCUUGGGAGUCUGGGAUUGGGACUCUGGGAGUCUGGACUUGGGAGUCUGGACUUGUCUCUUGGGAGUCUGGGCUUGGGACUCUGGGAGUCUGGACUGGACUUGGGAGUCUGGAGCCUGGAACUUACUCCUGGGGACUCCGGGGUGUCUGCCACUGUCUGGACUCUGGUCGCAGACUACUAGAGAGACUCUGGAGUCUGGCUGGCAGAGUGCAGACUGACACAAUUUUGAUAUCAAGAUUCAAGAGGCAGAAGUGA